GCGGACGGCACCGACUGCGCCCGGGGCUGGCGCCCGAGCUCUCGGAGGUUGAUUAACUUAUGUGCAAUUUGGGACACUGGAGUUUUCCUUCCCGCUGCAGACUGGAAGGGAGCUUUGUCUGGUGUUGCAAGAAGGAGGCUGAAUGAGGCAGAGGCGCUGAGCUCUGCCCAGAGCGCCCAGGGAGAGCGGCGGGACGCGACCAGACCCCGAGGGCAGGGGAGCAGAGAGCAGGGCCCGGUGCUGAGCAUGGCCCAGCUGCCGCCACCGCCACCCUGGGUCCAUGCAGCCCUCCUCCUCUGUCUCCUCAGCCUCAGCGGGGCCAUCGAGAUCCCCAUGGAUCUGUCCCAGCCCCCGACCAUCACCAAGCAGUCGGUGAAGGACCACAUUGUGGACCCCCGGGACAACAUCCUGAUUGAGUGUGAAGCAAAGGGGAACCCUGCCCCCAGCUUCCACUGGACUCGAAACAGCAGGUUCUUCAACAUUGCCAAGGACCCCCGGGUGUCAAUGAGGAGGCGGUCUGGGACCCUGGUGAUUGACUUCCGCAGCGGGGGGCGGCCGGAGGAGUACGAGGGGGAAUACCAGUGCUUCGCCCGCAACAAAUUUGGUACUGCCCUCUCCAAUCGGAUCCGUCUGCAGGUGUCCAAAUCUCCCCUGUGGCCCAAGGAAAACCUGGACCCUGUUGUAGUUCAAGAAGGCGCCCCCUUGACACUGCAGUGCAACCCCCCGCCCGGACUCCCAUCCCCCGUCAUUUUCUGGAUGAGCAGCUCCAUGGAGCCUAUCACCCAAGACAAGCGUGUCUCCCAGGGCCAUAACGGAGACCUGUAUUUCUCUAACGUGAUGCUGCAGGAUAUGCAGACCGACUACAGCUGCAAUGCCCGCUUCCACUUCACCCACACCAUCCAGCAGAAAAACCCCUUCACCCUCAAGGUCCUCACCAACAACCCCCAUAAUGACUCGUCCUUACGAAACCACCCUGACAUGUACAGUGCACGAGGGGUUGCCGAGAGAACACCCAGCUUCAUGUAUCCCCAGGGCACCGCAAGCAGCCAGAUGGUGCUGCGCGGCAUGGACCUCCUGCUGGAGUGCAUCGCCUCCGGGGUCCCCACACCGGACAUCGCGUGGUACAAGAAAGGCGGGGACCUCCCAUCUGACAAGGCCAAGUUUGAGAACUUUAACAAGGCCCUACGGAUCACCAACGUCUCUGAGGAAGACUCCGGGGAGUACUUCUGCCUGGCCUCUAACAAGAUGGGCAGCAUCCGGCACACGAUCUCGGUGAGAGUAAAGGCUGCUCCCUACUGGCUAGACGAACCCAAGAAUCUUAUCCUGGCUCCUGGCGAAGACGGGAGACUGGUGUGUAGAGCCAAUGGGAACCCCAAGCCCACCGUCCAGUGGAUGGUGAAUGGGGAGCCUUUGCAGUCGGCACCACCCAACCCAAACCGCGAGGUGGCUGGUGACACCAUCAUCUUCCGGGACACCCAGAUCAGCAGCAGGGCCGUGUACCAGUGCAACACCUCCAACGAGCACGGCUACCUGCUGGCCAACGCCUUCGUCAGCGUGCUGGACGUGCCGCCUCGCAUGCUGUCUCCCCGGAACCAGCUCAUUCGGGUGAUCCUUUACAACCGGACGCGGCUGGACUGCCCCUUUUUUGGAUCCCCCAUCCCCACGCUCCGAUGGUUUAAGAAUGGGCAAGGGAGCAACCUGGAUGGCGGCAACUACCAUGUCUAUGAGAACGGCAGUCUGGAGAUCAAGAUGAUCCGCAAGGAGGACCAAGGCAUCUACACCUGCGUGGCCACCAACAUCCUGGGCAAGGCUGAGAACCAGGUCCGCCUGGAGGUCAAAGACCCCACCAGGAUCUUCCGGAUGCCCGAGGACCAGACGGUCAAGCGGGGCACGACGGUGCAGCUGGAGUGCCGGGUGAAGCACGACCCCUCCCUGAAGCUCGCCGUCUCCUGGCUGAAGGACGACGAGCCGCUCUACAUCGGGAACAGGAUGAAGAAGGAAGAUGACUCCCUGACCAUCUUUGGGGUGGCAGAGCGGGACCAGGGCAGCUACACGUGCAUCGCCAGCACAGAGCUGGACCAGGACCUUGCCAAAGCCUACCUCACUGUGCUAGCUGAUCAGGCCACUCCAACUAACCGUUUGGCUGCCCUGCCCAAAGGACGGCCAGACCGGCCGCGGGACCUGGAGCUCACCGACCUGGCCGAGAGGAGCGUGCGGCUGACCUGGAUCCCAGGGGAUGACAACAACAGCCCCAUCACAGACUACAUCGUCCAAUUUGAAGAGGACCAAUUCCAGCCCGGGGUCUGGCACGACCACUCCAAGUUCCCAGGCAGUGUCAACUCAGCCGUCCUGCAGCUGUCCCCAUAUGUCAACUACCAGUUCAGGGUCAUCGCCGUCAACGAGGUUGGGAGCAGCCACCCCAGCCUCCCAUCCGAGCGCUACCGCACCAGUGGGACAGCGCCUGAGUCCAACCCCACCGAUGUGAAGGGAGAAGGGACAAGAAAGAACAACAUGGAGAUCACGUGGACGCCCAUGAACGCCACUUCUGCCUUUGGCCCCAACCUGCGCUACAUCGUCAAGUGGCGUCGGAGAGAGACCCGCGAGACCUGGAACAACGUGACGGUAUGGGGCUCCCGCUACGUGGUGGGGCAGACCCCCGUCUAUGUGCCCUAUGAGAUCCGAGUCCAGGCCGAGAACGACUUUGGGAAGGGCCCGGAGCCAGACACUGUCAUUGGUUACUCCGGAGAAGAUUAUCCCAGGGCCGCGCCCACUGAGGUUAAAAUCCGAGUCCUGAACAGCACAGCCAUCAGCCUUCAGUGGAACCGAGUCUACUCCGACACGGUCCAGGGCCAGCUCAGGGAGUACCGAGCCUACUACUGGAGGGAGAGCAGCUUGCUGAAGAACCUGUGGGUGUCUCAGAAGAGACAGCAAGCCAGCUUCCCCGGUGACCGCCCCCGUGGCACGGUGUCCCGCCUCUUCCCCUACAGUAACUACAAGCUGGAGAUGGUUGUGGUCAAUGGGAGAGGCGACGGGCCUCGCAGUGAGACCAAGGAGUUCACCACCCCGGAAGGAGUACCCAGUGCCCCCAGGCGUUUCCGAGUCCGGCAGCCCACCCCGGAGACAAUCAACCUGGAAUGGGACCAUCCGGAGCACCCUAAUGGGAUUAUGAUUGGAUACACCCUCAAAUACGUGGCCUUUAAUGGAACCAAAGUAGGAAAGCAGAUAGUGGAAAACUUCUCUCCCAAUCAGACCAAGUUCUCGAUGCAAAGGGCAGAUCCCGUGUCACGAUACCGCUUUACGCUCAGUGCCAGGACGCAGGUGGGCAACGGGGAGGCCAUCACAGAGGAGUCACCAGCGGCCCCCAACGAAGCUCCUCCCACGUUGCCCCCGACUACCGUGGGUGCGACGGGCGCUGUGAGCGGUACCGAUGCUACUGCCACUGUUGCCACCACCGAAGCCACAACAGUCCCCAUCAUCCCAACUGUCGCACCUACCAUCGUCGCCACCACCGUCGCCACAACUACUACAACCACUGCUGCCACCACCACCACCACGGAGAGUCCUCCCACCACCACCACCGGGACUAAGAUACACGAAUCCGCCCCCGACGAGCAGUCCAUAUGGAACGUCACGGUGCUCCCCAACAGUAAAUGGGCCAACAUCACCUGGAAGCACAAUUUCGGGCCCGGAACUGACUUUGUGGUUGAGUACAUCGACAGCAACCAUACGAAAAAAACUGUCCCUGUUAAGGCUCAGGCCCAGUCUGUACAGCUAACAGACCUCUAUCCCGGGAUGACGUACACGUUGCGAGUUUAUUCCCGGGACAACGAGGGCAUCAGCAGUACCGUCAUCACCUUUAUGACCAGUACAGCUUACACCAACAACCAGGCGGACAUUGCCACCCAGGGCUGGUUCAUCGGGCUCAUGUGUGCCAUCGCACUCCUGGUGCUCAUCCUGCUGAUCGUCUGCUUCAUCAAGCGGAGUCGAGGAGGCAAGUACCCAGUGCGAGAAAAGAAGGAUGUCCCUCUCGGCCCUGAGGAUCCCAAAGAGGAGGACGGCUCGUUUGACUACAGUGACGAGGACAACAAGCCCCUGCAGGGCAGCCAGACGUCCCUGGAUGGCACCAUCAAGCAGCAAGAAAGCGACGACAGCCUGGUGGACUAUGGCGAGGGUGGUGAGGGGCAGUUCAACGAGGAUGGCUCCUUCAUCGGCCAGUACACAGUCAAGAAGGACAAGGAGGAAACAGAGGGCAACGAGAGCUCAGAGGCCACGUCGCCCGUCAACGCCAUCUACUCUCUGGCCUAACGGAGCCCACCAGGCACAGCCACCACUUUGCAAGCAGGAGCAGGGGAGAGGGGGAGACGAAGCCACUGCAACUACCACAAAGCCACCGCCACCUCCAGGACGAGGGUCCAGCAUGGGGGUCUGCCAAGCUGUGAGGACCACCUAUCACCCAGCCAACUACAAACCCCUCCUCGUGACCCCGCACCCCUCCGGGGUCCCACCCGCGCCGGAGAGCUCCAGCCCAGCUGAGCUCAGCUAGCAGGAGCCCAGGUCCUUGCUCAGCCUCACAGCCACCCCGAGCCUGCCACCACACUGCCUGACCUUGACCUUGACCUCACCGCCACACACUCCCAGUUUUGUUGGUUUCACUCCUUUUCCUUGUCUUUAUUUUUGCUUCGUGCGUCUUCCCUCCAGGCUCAUCGUCUCCGUUUUCUUUUCAUUUUGAAGAAGUGUCCCUGGGAAAAGAAGGAAUAGGUGGAUUCUCCCCCACGAAAUUGCAAAGACAGGCAAAAAGGAUUGAUCCGUGAAAGAACACACAGAAAAGCUGUAGUAUUCAAACCGCCGCUGGGCCAACGUACUUCCGAAGGAUGCCUUUCUCGCCAUAUGCCUCCCCGGCCCCACCCCCUCUGCCUCGGCCUUUUCAGUUGCUGAGCUGGGCUUGGCUCCUUUCUGGAAAAUGACAGUAUUCUUGGCAGGGAGAGGGUGGGCAGGCCUCAUGCCUCCCUCUGGUUCAGUUGGGGGGUGGGCUUACCUCUCGUCCCUCGCUCCUCCCCUGCCACCUCCUCCGGAGUGUCCAGGACUGGCUGCUCCGACUCUGAAGAAGGAACCUGAGGAAGAGGAGUGGGCACUGGUGGAAAGGAUUUCAACUCCAGUGACCAUGUACCUCAAGCAGAAGGAAAUCAGGCGUCUGGUCCCUAGGGAGCUGAGCUCACCUCUGGAGAGAAAAAAAAAGUCUGGGUUGGAUCUGCUCCCUCCCCAACAUGAAACAGUGCAGGGUGCUUCCAGAAUGGAGGGGACCCCACCUGGGCAGGGGUCGACGCUGCUACCCUCAAGGAGACUGUUACCCUGUGAUGCAAAAGCCUGGCUGGUAUGUUUGGGGGAGCACGGUACUGCUCCUCCUUUCAUCUCCAGCAGAUAUCAUCUCCUCAGUCAAUCUUGGAUGAUAUUGAACUGGUGUUAUACGUGGCAUGUGGACGGGGCCUUGCUGCCCCCCGACUGAGCCGCUGUGUCCCUCCCAGGGUAUUUACAUAUCAGGAGGCCGGUGAGCACCGUGAGGCCAUGCCGGAGCCUGGCCUAGGAGGACGCGGCGUUCUUCGUAUGCCUUAUGCAGCUCCAACCUGUCUCUGCGUUCCCAGGUUCCCAGCUCCCCCCUGCAAGCCUUGAAGCCUCCAGUGGCGCUGUCUCUAGAGCAGGGCAGGCGCCUCUGCCCACAUCCAGCAGAGCUGAGGCCGCCGCCCCACGGCGCCCGGCAGCCUGUGGCCCCGGUGGAGACGUUCGCAGCCCCGCAGUUCUCAGAGAUGAAGGCGCUGCCUUCAGCCUCCCACCUAAUUCAUUUUUGAAACCAAAGGUACCUAGCCUCAGAGAGAGAGACGUUGUGAGCCUAAAGCAACCCUUUAGCUGUGGCUGCCGCUGGAGUCGGUUUCAGGAGAGCGAAGCUGACCCGGAGGCCGGGCCACCUCCACAGCACAGGCGCUGAUUUGUGCCUCCAGCUGCUUGCCAGGGGCCUGGGCAGGCACAGGGCUGCGUCCUUCA